AUGGUAACACGUCAAGAUAAAUGGUGGAUAACAAUGUCAAAUAUAGACAUUAAACAAAAUCGACAUGAAAAUAUCAAAAUAAAUAUAGGUGAACAUGUCAAACAAAUUUUUUUCGAACAUUUACAAGGUACUAAUUCAUAUGAAGAAUGGCGUGCAAAUAUUCAUCGAGAAUUAGAAGAAGAUCUUCAACGACAAGUACGAGAACUUCUUGAAGAAACUGAUCGACAAGAACGUUUAUCUAAAUUCCAACGACAAUAUAUUCGUGUUGAUGAAUGUUCACCACCAAAAUCACAAGAACCUAUUGAUACAUGGAAUGAAAUAAAUCGUCGAAAUGAAAAUGUUCUUAAUCCAGCUAAAUCAAAACAUAUAUCACAAUCACAAAAUCAUUUUUCAACUAAUAAUCAUCAUAAUACAUUAAAUGAUUUAUCAGAUAAACCAUUUUAUUUAAAUUCUUAUCAUAGUUAUCGUCGUUUACCAGAAUCAUCACAAACUACAGAUGAUGAAAUAAAUAUAAAUCCAUCAAUAUAUAUUCAAAAAUAUACAAAUAAACAACAAUCAUCGAUUAUUUCAAAUACAAAUGAUUCAUCAAUUUUAUUUGGUAAUAGUAUAAUUAAAUCUAAUAAAGCAUCUAUUUUAAAUAUAUUCGAUCAACAAUUACUUGAUGGUGAUUAUAAAAAUAGUUAUGUUAAUAAACAUGGUAUUAGAAUUGAUGAAGAUGGUCCAUUUUGGCCAGAUAAUUAUCAGAUUCUUCAUCCAACACCAAAAUUUCUUAGUCGGGAAUUGAUACCAAAAGAAUUUUAUUUAUCAUCAUCAAUCACAAAAAGCAAUAAUCGACAAACAUAUGAUAAUCAACCAGCUAUAUAUAAAUAUCAAGAUACAUUAAAACAUCCUAUUAUCGUUUAUGAUAUGGAUAAAUCAGCAAGAGUUCAACAAAUAAAACAAUCUGAUUAUGAUCAAACAUGUCCUCAAUUAAUAUUUGAAUCACGAUUUGAAGGUGGAAAUUUACGACAAGUUAGACGUGUAGGUCAAUUUGAAUAUGAACUUAUUCUUCGACCUGAUCUUUAUACUCGAAGACAUACACAAUGGUAUUAUUUUCGUGUACAAAAUAUGAUUGCAAAUAUAACUUAUCGUUUUCGGAUUAUUAAUUUAAUGAAAAAAAGUAGUUUAUAUAGUGAUGGUAUGCAAAUUCUUCUAUUCUCUGAAGUUGAUGCAAAAAAAGAAUGUCGAAGUUGGUAUCGUGUUGGCCAUCAUAUUAAUUAUUCUGAAACCAAACAACAUUCAUAUAAUUCGUUACUUGAACGAGAUAUUAAUUAUUAUGAACUUGACUUUCAAUUAGAAUUUUCACAUUCUGGUGAUACAUGUUAUAUAGCUCAUUGUUAUCCAUAUACAUAUACAGAUUUAAAAGAUGAUUUAGAACAUUUGUCAACGACAAGAUCACGUGACAUAUUUCGUCGAGAUAUUUUAUGUGAAUCUCAAGCAGGAAAUUCAUGUUUUAUAAUAACUGUAACAGAUGAAUCUGUACCAUUACAUAAAAAAAAAAUUGUUUUUAUUACUGCACGAAUACAUCCAGGUGAAACAAAUUCAAGUUAUAUGAUGCGCGGUUUACUUGAAUUUAUAACAUCGAAUGAUAAAACUGCUCAAAAAUUACGAUCAGAAUUAGUAUUUAAAAUAGUGCCAAUGCUUAAUCCUGAUGGUGUUAUUGUUGGUAAUUAUCGAUGUUCAUUAACAGGAAAAGACAUGAAUCGCAAUUUUCGUCAUCCACGUAAACAAGCAUUUCCUAUUAUUUAUCAUAUAAAAGAACUUAUACAAAAUCUUCAACGAGAACGAAGAGAAAUAUUGGCUUUUUGUGAUCUUCAUGGUCAUAGUCGAAAAUCGAAUGUAUUUGCCUAUGGCUGUGAUGGAUGUGAUGGACCACAACCGGAUAUGAAAAAUUUUUUAUAUGCUCGAGUUUUACCAUUUAUUAUGUCAAAAACGGCACCAGAUAUGUUUGCAUUUGAUUAUUGUAAAUUUCACAUACAUCGAUGUAAAGAAUCAACUGGCCGUGUUGUUAUGUGGAAAGAAAUGUUAAUAAAAAAUAGUUUUACAUUAGAAGCAUCAUUUGCUGGAACAAGCAUUGUAGAAAGACCAUGUCAUUUUAAUAUACAAGAUUAUGAAAAAUUUGGAGAAUGUAUUUGUAAAUCAUUAAAACAAUAUUUAGAUGUUCUACACGAUUCAACACGAUUAGAAUCAAUAUUUUUGGAUAUAACAAAAAAUGUUCUUCAUAGAUUAGAUAAAAAUAAAAUUCCAUUUGGAUUAUUACCUUCUCUUUAUCCCGAAGAAAAACAAUUAAAUCAAUCUGUAAUAUCAAUUAAUUCCGUAAGCAAUUGUUUAGAAAUUUUAACACAAUGUCAUGAAAUAAUCAAUGAUCAAGAUGCUUCAAGUUCAAGUGAUUCAGAUAGUGAUCCAGAAGGUGGUGAAUUACCUGAUAUACCAUAUUCAAAAGAGAAAGCAAUAACAAAGAAAAAAUCAAAAAAAAAACGAACUGAUAAAUCGAAUGAAGAACAUCUUCAAAAAUCAAAUCGUAAACGUCAGAUGGAUAAAACAACUCGAAUGAUACCAGAAAGAGGUUCAUUAUUUAUAAGUAAAUAUGCAAAACGAAGUGGACACGGAUUACCAAUUUUUACAACUGAACGUGCAUUAGAACGUAGAAGUCAGAAAAAUAAUUCUCUUCUACAAGAUAUUAAUUAUGAUCAACAACUGAGUGAUGAAUGUGAUACCGAUAUAGGAACAGGUAUUUAUUUAACAAAAAGUAAUCGUUCACAAAUCGAUAAUUCAAAUGUGAUUGAUAAAAAUUUGCAUAUAAAACGAACAAGUUCACUUGUUUCAUAUCCACAUAAUGAAUUAGUUAAUUCAUCAUCUAAUCAAAUAAUGACAAAUAAUAUUUCAUUACAAACACCAAUAUUUCAAAAUUUACCACAAAGACGAUUAAAAAUUCUUCAUCGUUUUCAACAAGAAAAUCCUAAAUCAUUAAAUAGAAAUGAAAUCGAUGAAAUAAAUAAUAUAUCACCAUCAAUAAUAACAAUGCCACAUUUUAUGGAAUUUACAAGACGUUUAAGUCGUUCAUCAUCAAUUAAUGAUAAUGAUAUAACAACAAUCGAUACACAAAUUGAUUCAAAUACAUUUAAUUCAUAUAAAAUACAUGAAACACCUAUUUUACAUACAAAAAAUUCGAUUAAUAAUUCAAAUAUUAAUUUAAAAAGAAGAUUUUCACAAAAAUUAAAUAAUCAUCUUCUUAAACAACCAUUAACUUCAAUUGAUUAUAUAAUUAAAGAACGACCAAUUAAUUCUAUACAAGAUAACAAUUAUCAGAAUCAAUCAAAUGAAACUCAACGUCUUAAUCAAAUUCUUAAAAAACAAUUUUAUUUACCAUUUGAAAAAAACAAAAGAUUAUAA